GGGGGUACCUGAUUCUGACAGGUACUUCCGCUCCGACCACCUAGGCGAUCGGGGAGGAAGUCCCCCCUCCCUGCAGUCUUCUGGGAAACGUCGCAGAAGACUAGGACAAUUCACAAUGUGCAGCGUGGCUCACGGGUGCUCGGUGGGUACCCAGCUGUAAGCUGUCACAACCAGGUGCCCACAGUUAAGAUGGCAGGGACAGAAGAUGGGGAGGUGCACAUGGCUGGGGUGAGCACAGUGCUCGAUUGUGGAACAGAUGUGUAUCUAUUUAUAAAAAGCUGCUGACUUUUAAUUUGUUGACAGGAGAUUGAAGCUCCUCUUUAUGUUGCAAUAUAUUCCUUUUUUGUGUUUAAUGCCACUUUAAAUCAUUUUGCACACAGAACUGUAGUUGUGUACGUAUUUUCAUUUUGCUUCGAUUGAAGCCAAGUUUUCAUAAACGGAGGGGGUUGAAGAACUUCCUUAUGUAUUACUAUAGUUUGCAGCCGUAAGCACGUGGGAAGACGGGGAGUGUUGCUCUGCUCUGUGGGAAUGUGAGCUCUGCAAAGCCUGUAAACAGCCGAUGAGUCACAGCAUUGCUAUGUCACAGUGAUUGGAGGGCCUCCCUCAGUGUGGCUUCCUUCUGUGUAAGCGAGUGGGUGUACUCAGGCAAUGUCUUUACAGGGAACAGGGCCUCCUCCAGCGUAUUUACGCUUUAAGCGUCGUUCCAGGUCGCCGUCUCUGCACCAGUUGCUUUUUCUGCACCGUUCUGUCCUGGUGAUUGUUUACAGGUUAUGACGACUAAUCUUAAACCAAACAAGGCAUUAAAGGUAAAGAAGGAGUCGGGAGAGAACGCCCCAGUACUGAGUGAUGAUGAACUCGUGUCAAUGUCUGUACGGGAGCUAAACCAGCACCUACGAGGUCUCACAAAAGAAGAUAUCAUCCGCCUAAAGCAGCGUAGGCGCACCUUAAAAAACCGAGGCUACGCUGCCAGCUGUCGAGUAAAGCGCGUAACUCAGAAAGAGGAAUUAGAAAGGCAGCGAGUCGAGUUGCAGCACGAAGUGGAUAAGCUGGCGCGGGAGAACUCCAGUAUGAAGCUUGAGUUGGAUGCUCUACGUUCUAAGUACGAAGCCCUCCAGACCUUCGCCCGCACAGUUGCCAGGGGACCUAUCACCCCAACUAAGGUGGCCACCACCAGUGUCAUCACCAUUGUGAAGUCUGCUGACAUUUCAGCAUCCAUACCAUUUUCUGCAGCAUCCUAGUAUCUACAGAAGGAGAGAACUAGCUGCCUGUUCUAAAAGGGACUUAAUGGGAUUCACUUGCAUUGUUUCUUGGUUUCUUCCCAGCCUAUCCACACGUCAGGCGUUGCCUUUUAUUCCUUUGACCAUCCCAUCAUGAUGAUAACAGCGCUAAGGCCUUGAUGUUUUUGUGCCAGGGAAUUUGGCUCGUUGCAUUGGAUAAGGUUAACUGUCUUAAUUUUAAUUCAUAGGACUUUCAUGUGCAUGUUUAUUGGACCUUCACAGACCCUUCAUAAACAAGCUUAGGAAAGCAGUGGAGAUUUCGCCCCACCAUAAUUUAUUUAUUUAUAUUUACGUAUUUAGAAAUCUACUGACUGCCUCUUAACGCAAAAAAUAUAUGUAGUACUCCAUCUGUGGAACCAUCUCAUUUUUGAUGGUACGCUUUGUAUCAGUAUGUCGUCUAGCCCUCCUUGAAGCAGUUUAGACUGUGAUAAAGUGGUUUCAAAAUGGCCUUUCAAACCAAACUCAGGAUUUCUUUAAUGGUAAAAUGUAUUGUACUACUGUACUAUUUAGUGCCCGUCAGUACAAUUCUCAAUUGGCAUAAAUGCAUAUUUUACAGGUGCAGUGAAGAGCACCUGUAUAAAAGAGUUGAUUAUGGAGUAAUGUGAUUGACUAUUUAAAGGUGGUCAAAUGCAAUAGAUCACCUUAUCAUUCAGCUGUUAGGCCAGUGAGACUGUUUUAUACAGUUUAAUUCAAUUUACAUUUCUUGUAGAAGAAAGUUUGGGGCUUCCCAUGUGGCUUUCAGUUAUGCUGUUUUUACAGACUGCUCAACUUUUGGGCCUGAUAUUAUGACUGGUAAAUUGGAAAGGAAAGUUUGUUUUUAUAACUUAAAGUCUUGUUGGUUUAGGUAUGUAUGGAAUUACCUAUUGUAAAGAAUGCAAAGGAAGUUUUUGUGGCGGUCCCUGUAAGUGUUUGACCUGUAGUUUUAUACUUUUUUAUAAGCUUUGUAUUGAAUAAUGAAAUAGUGUUUACUUUGAGUAUCAAAGAAGGUUAUUGGUAAAAUGUGUCAUGGAGGAUUUGAAAACAGAAAGUUCUUGAAGGUAUUAUGGGCUGGUUUCCUAAGCAAGAGAUCCUUUUUGGGAUUCUUUGACUUGGCACUUAGUAGGUGGCGGUAAACGUAUUUUUAUUGUGGCAUGUCUUGACUUGAAUUGACCACUGCUGUACUGGCAGGGCUGAUCAAAUCUUUUUUUCCAAAUGACCAAGACAAUUUUUUUUUGUUGUUGCUAAUUUUGUAACCUAGUAGUGUCCAAAUGGUAUGUUAAGGCUGACUUCACACCUAUGUAAGUGCGAUUUUCCUGCCCUUUUUAUAUUGCUUUGGGCAGGUGCAUUGACAUGCUCUGCCAUACCCAUGAAAAGCCCCUAUAACGCACAUUAUUAACAUAUCGGAUAACGGGCAUGACAUUUUUGGGCCAACUCUUGUCAACUGCACAGAUGUGAAUUGGCACCAAUUAAAACAAUGGCAAACCUAUGCAAAUGCAUUUGUGUUCUCCAAAAGUUGCACGUUAAGACGCGUAGGUGUGAACAGGCCCUUGAUGACCAAAACUUUUUAGGUUUCAAAAUCAUAUUUAAAAGCUAUAUCUUGUUUUGGUGUGAGAACAUGAAAUAGAUUUUUGGAAUAGAGGUCACUCAUCUGAUUAUUCCUUCCCCCUUUACAGUGAUGGAUAACUAUAUAGGAGUCAAUGGAAUGGAGAGGGUAAAGGAGUCUAAAAAAGCUUAAAAAUCUAUUGAAAGGAAGACUUGUACAGGGAAGUAUUAAAAA